AUGAUGGCCUGUCCCAAGCCAUUCCUUUUGCUGCUCCUGCUCCUACUCCUACAACUCCAGCUCGUGGCCGUGAACUCUCUUCUCCUUUCGGCAAGUACGUUCGCCAAUCACACCACGGCCUUGCCGGAGUGUCUGCCGGACCAGGCGUUGGCGUUGCUCCGGCUGAAAAGGUCCUUCUCCGCUAGCAAUCACUCCUACAUCGCCUUCCGUUCAUGGAAGGCCGGCACGGACUGCUGCCGCUGGGAAGGUAUCGGCUGCCAUGCCUCCACCAGCCACGUCACGUCGCUUGACUUGGGUGACUGCGGAUUGGAGAGCCGCAGCCUUGAUCCUGCAGUUUUCGAGCUAACCACCCUCAGGAAUCUCAACCUGGGUGGGAACGACUUUCACAUGUCUGAGAUGCCUUUCGUUGGGUUUGAGCGGCUCACCAUGCUCACCCACCUCAACCUCUCCACCUCCAACUUCUCAGGCCAGGUGCCACACAGCAUCGGCGACCUCACCAACUUGGUCUCUCUUGAUCUCUCAUUCCGUUUCGAAUUUUUUGAGCUGCUCGGCUAUGGCUACUGGUUUCACGUUGAUUCAAGUAACCCAGGGCAACUCCUACUAUCAAACUUAACAACCUUAGUUGCGAACCUUGGGAACUUGAGGGAGCUCCACCUUAGUUUCGUUGACUUGUCUAGUGAAGGAGAAGAGUGGUGCACUGCUCUAGCCAGGUACACUCCAAAUCUCCGUGUUCUUAGCAUGCCAUAUUGCAAGCUCUCUAGCGCUAUUUGUGGAUCGCUCUCAUGUUUGCACUUCAUACGUGUCAUUGACUUGGGACACAAUCAUUUAGCUGGUCCAUUUCCACUGUUCUUUGCUAACUUCUCCUCCUUGAUUGUUCUCCAGCUUAGCUAUAACGAUAUUGGUGGAUGGGUUCCUCCGGAAAUCUUUCAACACAAGAAAUUAGUGACUAUCGAUUUGCACUAUAAUUUUAGGAUUUCUGGUAAUCUGCCAAAAUUUCCAGCUCAUAGUAAUCUUGAGAAUUUGCUUGUCGGUAACACCAAUUUUUCUGGUGAUAUACCAAGUUCCAUUAGUAAUCUCAAAUCUUUGAAGAGGUUAGGCCUUGGUAGUCAUGGUUUUGCUGGAAAGCUACCAUGA